AUGGCGAGCAGUGAGGAAGUUGAGCCCAACUUGAGCCAAGCAGAUGAGGUCUCGUUGCUGCGAGAGGAAGUGGGAAAAUUGACACAGGAAUUACUGAUGCAUCGGAAGGUCUUGGAGCAGUGCUUGGAGGUCCGAGAGAGCGUGCUGGAGUUGUUGGAACACCGUGAAGCGUUGCUUCAAUGCCUGGAGAUGCGGGAAGGAUUGCAGGUCAUAGGAGAGGUCGUGGACCGUACCUCUGAAUUGGACCUGUCUUUGGCUGGUGUUUCGGACAACACUGCACGACAUGGCCGGGCCAUUGCCAGCCUGACGGAACAACAGCAGCGUACAACGCAAACCUUGGACGCAGUGAUCCGGGCCGUCAAACGCUUGGACCGGAGUCGUUCGCGCCAGGCCCAACGCCCUUCUGGAGACGCCACGUCGGUCCCUUCUGAGCCGGUGCGGAUGCUCUGUCUUUCGGAGGAUGGAGGGUGGAGGGUGGGCGGUGCUGACAUGUUGCCGAUGUGUACGUUUUAA